AAAAAAAAAAAAAAAAAAAAAACCAUGUCAGGAAUGCGAACACUGAGAAUAUUAAGCAUGGGGAUUGUCCUCUUCACAGGCUUAUCUCUAUAUCAUUUAUCGACUAAUCUUCAGAACAUGGAAGCCAAUAAUGUGUAUCAUAGUCAAUAUCCGACAACACAAAUAACUUCAAUAAAUAACAUUGCCAGCAACAGCACCAGAGCCGGCAACAUCCAUAUGAACAGCAAUAACAACAUUGGCAAUACUGGCGACACUAACGGCCAUUAUGCACCGCCAAUAUCACCGCCCGUAGUGGUGUCUGAUUCAGAGCUCGAUCAAAAACAGACUAAUGAUCAUAGCCCUCAAGGGUCUCUGCUUUUACCAAUAUCUAAAGAAACACCUCUACCUCCGGAUAUCCCCAAGGCAAAGACACUCCUUGAUCCUAAUGUUAAAUACCUCAGCUUCAUGACAUAUGCAGGGCUAACUAAUCAAUUCAUGGCCCUCGAGAAUGCAGCAUACGUUGCCCUUCGUAUUAACAGAACGCUCAUUAUCCCACCCAUCACGACCAAUUCACAUGACAAUCACAAUUCAAACCAACGCUGGUCUGACUUCUUCGACCUUUCGCAAUUCUCUACCUUGACAGGGCUCAAGGUUGUGGAAUGGAGUGAUAUCCGGCCUCUGAAUGCUGACCAAAUAGAGGUUGGUAAACGUCAAGUGCGUGCGGGAGGGAAGCAUUAUCCAAUAUGGGAAAAGUUAGCUGAUAACCUAACCUGUCAAGUAAUCUAUGGGUUUGGGGACUCGGAACGGUUACAUACAACCGAGCUGACUUUUGCACGCCAAUUCUUGUUCCGCCCUCAGUUUGUACGUCCACCUCCUCGGAAGAACAAGACUCAAGUUUUUGAUCGAGCCUAUAUCGGAUCCAAAGAUAACCUCAAUAUGGACGAUAUUGUGACAAUAGAUGACCUAGUGGAUCGAUAUGAAGACAAUUCCGAUCAACUCUUGUUCUUGAGCCAUUCAUUCAAACUAAAGGAUCCUUUAGGAAGGCGAUCAUGGUUCCUUGUCGGAAGACAUUUACAUUUCUUGCCAAAGGUCAAUGAUUAUGCAAAACAAUUGAUUCUACACCAUGCACCGGAGACGAAAGAGCAUGGAAAGUAUAUUGCGGUUCAUGUUCGUAGAGGGGAUAUCUGGCAGAAAUGUCGCGACAAAACAGAAGAGGAGAUGGUGACCUGUAUUGUGCCGUUAGGGCGCUAUGCAGAAGCUGUAGAAACAGCAUAUCGGAUUGCAGGGGAACGUUUGCCUGUGCUUGUUGCCACAGAUUCUCAAUCAGAAGAAGAUCAUGUUGCGAUGGCCAAGUUGGGUUGGCGACGGUUGAAUCAUAACCUCUACACAACUGAAAAAGAGCUAGGGAUCUUUGGACCUGCGUUGGUGGAUGCAGCGAUUCUGGUGAAUGCAGAGGUAAUGGUUGGAAGCUAUAGUAGCAGCAUGAGUCGUGUGGCCGCAAGGAGGCAAAGGGGUUGGCGUCAACGAGAGGCGCUCUACCCCUGAACAACUGCUUUGUGGAUGUUUAUUUCGCAAAAAAAUAUAUUUAUAUAGUUAAAGUGCAUACCCAGUAAUAGCUUACUUUCUUUUCUUUUGUCUUCUUUCACGUCUGUGAUGUUAUUGCCCUCUUUCCCCUUUUAUUUUCAAGAAUCUCUUUUGUACAGAAUAGUUAAUCAAUAAAUUUCUAUCGUUUGCUUGAAAGUC